GGAAGGAUCCGGCGGCGGCGCUAGAUCGAGUCACGAGUCCUCCUGGUGGCUGGUUGCUAGUCCUCCCGAUCCGUGUUUUAUGCCGCUUUCAUCGUGUAGGGCCUUCAAAGUCUGGAAAGAAAGUCAAGGUUCUCAGGUUUCUUUAGUUUGUAAGGUUCAGAACUUGGGUUCUGAUUUUUUGAUGGUGAUUGGUAUGUUUAGAGCCAUACGCUAGCCAGCAAUUUUACUGGCCACAAGAAAUAUCAGAAACUAAAGAGGCAGAAUGGAAAAGGACAGUGCCAUACGCUCCAACCACCAACUUCUGGUGAGGCGCACUUGCUUGCAGAUACCAUACCACAGCUCCACCCCAGAAUCCAUAAAGCCUCCGCAGCAACAAUGGGAGCUAAGCUUCCGAGCUCAGCAAUUUCAGGAUGCUGAUGCCGUUUCUAGCUCAGGCCUCUCAAACUACACUCCCUGUUGCGAGUUGUUCUGGGCUGCAUCGCCGCCACCCGGCGCGGAAUUUCGGCCGAUAUUGUAGAUGGUGGGGGGCAAGAAGCAAGGCAAUUCAUUCCCCUCGCAGCGUAUUUGGACCCACUAAUGGUGCUCCAUCUAGUGAUAUUGUGAAGAAAAGAAAGAUAGUGGAGCACAUUAUUCUGCUCAGAGCCAAGCCAAAUAUCUCAGAUGCUGAAGAAAAGGACAUGCUUGAUUACUUAUAUACAUCUCAGUAUCAGAUGAGAGGGAUACUCACUGUGUCAUUAGGCCGCAUAGAAGGCCCUAACAGCGAGAGCUUCACGCAUGCUGUCUUCAUGCGUUUCCAACAGAAAGAAGACAUUGCAAAGUUCCAGAGUAGCUCCUACUAUUCCAAAGUUCUCGACGAGCACGUCAAACCCGUUUCCUAUGGCUUGGUUUCUGUAGAUUUUGAAUCUGAGGUGGAAGAUGACAUUAUCCCUCUCUUUCGGAGGGGCGAGGAUUUCAACUACGGUGUCGAGUUUAUGUUGUUGAUAUCUUUCUUGGAAACUGCAUCCAGAGAGUCUGUGGAGGAUGCAUUAGCCCAUCUUCAAAAGCUGAUCAUCCACUACAGUUAUUUCAUUGUUCAGGCAACGUCAGGUUGCUGUCUGGAUCAUAUGGAUGGUCUGUACAGUCACGCUGCAGUUAUCCGUUUUCCAUCAAUUGACGACUUCAAAUUAUUCAAGGAGAGCACGGAAUACAAGGAUAUGUGGACAUCCAAAUUUCAUCCGGUUACCGAGAGAUGUCUCGAGCUGCAUUUUGUCGUCGACCCAGUCGGCAACCAGCUGAUGUAGAUUCUGAGCCCUUGUGCUCUGAAACUGAACCUGAAAUGGAACCUUGUCACAUCCGAAAGAGAGUUCUUGUGUUAGUGUGCUGUGUAUAUCAUUUCAUUUUUCUUCGGCUUGGGUGAUCUUCUGCCCAUGUCCAGAUUGGGCUCCACGAGGCAGUGACUGACGAGCGAUGUUGUAAGGUCUAUCUUCUUGUUCAGCACGGAUGAAUGAGUACAAUGUUAUAAGAAAAAUGGAUGUGUAUAGUCGGAUA